UGGUGGACGGCAUUGGGUGGAUUUGACGUAGAAAAGUGUUGUCUGGUAGUAUAAGUAGCUUCAUAAAAUACAAAAGGGUUGUAGUUCUGGUAUUACUACCGCUUGUUACCGUUUUCUAGAGAGAUGUUUCCAAACUUUAACACCGACUGCGAUUCUUCGUCUCGCUGCAGUACCGCAUCUCCCGUCGGGGACACCCUUUCGUAUUACCAGCAGUCACCAGCUGGUUCGUUUUCCAGCACUUCAGCUUCUCCGAUGGAGAAGACACAGGAACCUUGUACAGAAAUAGAUAAUUCAGGGGGUCCCUUUGUUCCGACUGUCACUGCGAUUUCAACUACCCCGGAUUUGCAGUGGAUGGUCCAGCCGACCAUGAUCACGUCUGUUUCCCCGUCUGUGGGUACACUUCAAACCAAUAAAGCACAGAGCUCAGUCCAGGUGACUAAAGCCAGCGCGAGUCGGGGGCAAAACACUCCCAGAAAAGGGAAAGCGGAGCAGCUUUCUCCAGAAGAGGAGGAGAAAAAGAGAAUCAGGAGAGAAAGGAAUAAAAUGGCUGCAGCAAAGUGCCGCAAUAGAAGGAGGGAGCUCACAGACACUCUCCAGGCUGAGACUGAUAAGCUAGAAGAUGAAAAGGCAGUUCUGCAGGCUGAAAUAGCCAACCUCAUGAAAGAGAAGGAAAAGCUGGACCUUAUUCUGGCAGCACAUAAACCAGGCUGCAAAAUUGCUGAGGACAUUGACUGCAUCUUCCAGGAGCCUAUUGGUUCCCCCCAGCUGCUCUCAGCUCUAGGAAAUGGCAAGCUCCCCGAAGACAGCUCAGUGGAGUCCUCCACACUCCAAGAUUCCGAGGCCUCCAGUUUCCCCACGACAGCCAUCUCUGGGAACUCCAACAUCCUGCUCUGCUCCAGUGCCGAGGUGAAUGUUUGUGACCUAGAGUCCUCCUUGGAUGUGAAAGAAGAGCCCCUGGAGGAUCUUCUCCCUGGCAUGGAGAAAUCCUCUCUAGAGACAGCUCGCUCUGUCCCGGACAUUGACCUGAGUAGCUCUUUUGGGGUGACAGAUUGGGAAACCCUCUACAAAUCAGUGUCCAGUGACCUGGAACCCUUGAGCACCCCUAUUGUGACUUCCACCCCCACCUGUACCAGUUACCUUUCAGCAUUUGCUUUCACCUACCCGGAGUUAGAUUCACUUGCAGAUGGGGUUGACAGCUGCAAAGGUGGAGGAGGAAAAGUUGAGUCAGUGGUAGAUAUUCUGAACUCUCCAACCCUUUUAGCCUUAUGAUAAGGAUGUGAAUAGAGGGAACCCAUUGAACAGUAUUUCAUAAUUACAGUGCAAGAUCUGAUGUCAUCCAAUGUGAUGUGGUGUCCAAAGUCAUCUACUGUGAUCAAAGCUUUUUAUCCGAUGGUUGCAUCCAUGAAAUGUUUACUGUGACCGAGCCAGUAUUAACUUCUUCCAGAUCCAUUUGAUGUAGCUAAAAGCAUGGAUAGUAAUUUUCCUAACAGAAAUGUUAACUAUGGUCUGGUAUUAAACGCAUGCAGAGAAGUGCCAUAUAAUUUCAGAAUUGCAUUACUUGUUUUUCAAUUGUGCAGGAUUUUUUGUUGUAUUGUUGAGCUAUAGACUGUGCAGUUCAGUGUUUCGAUAGCAAUAUUAUGUUCAUGUCUAAAAGUAAUAGUGUGUGAUAUACAUCCAUGUACUGUACUUGCAUACCUCAAUUUUAUCAUUCAAGCUGUGAUUUUACAUCAUAAUUUAAGAAGUUUUCCAUGAAAACAUCAAGUGCGUUAUAAUUUAUUGAGACGUAUUUUAUGAUAUAGUUUAUUUUUCUACCUUCAAGGUUUUGACUUGUUCUUCAAUUGCAAAAGACAGAAAAAUAAGCAUUGAUUGCUUAUUGAUAAAUAUUAUCAUUAAAUAUAUUUAAAAGCAA